AGAAAACACUCUCCACUACAUUCCUAACGAGAACCACUUCAUGGCCACCGUAACUACAAUGGGUGAAGACCUGCACGGAACAACGGCGUGGAUGAGUAGCACCAAGUUCCCUGGCGACUUCAUCGGCCUGCUGUACUGUGGCAGCAUCUUCACCGUCUAUGGUGUCGUCUUAGCGUGUACCGUGUCCAAGGCAUACCACUCUCGACCACGUAUCAACGGAGUCUUCCAGACAUCUUUUCUUUCCUCGACGUCCUUCUUCCGGACACUAAGAGCGCAGCUUCUUGAAGCAGCAGCCAAAGUCACGCUGUCUUCCUUGGGGAUCUUGGGUGUCCUCUACAUCGCGCAUCAGGACAGCGCUGUGCGCACAGCCGUCCACGUCACUGUCUUCGCAUCGUACGCUGUGGUGGGCUUGGUCGACGCCCUGAACGCUUUCAACAUUCUCGCUUUCCCUGACGUGAAUUACGUAACGUCGUUAUUAGCCGGUAUGAUGCAGACUCUCGACUUCCUACACGGCAACGACCACGCUCGUAACCACUUCGAGUACCAGAUGUAUUCGCAGCUGCAGUUAAUCAGCGGGGUGUCACUCGUGUGUCUGUUUGCAGAGUUUCUGAACAGAACCAGCUUCUGGUGCGUCGUCUGCCGCAUCGUUGCCACGCUUGUUCAAGGUCUGUGGAUGAUCGAGAUGGCGUUUGCCCUACAUAAACCGAUCAAAGUGGAUAUGGAUAUGCCGAUUCACACAAGGAUGAUGCUACAUACUGCUCUGUGCUGCGCUGCGGUACUUGGAGCGUUCGUGUUUGUCAUGUUUGUCAACGACCGCGCUCAAAGAUCGACGAGUGCGGCGCUGGGUUGGAAAAGGCUUGAAGGAACCACCAAUGGCGAGGAAGAUUUUGCAGGAGAUUCGGAAAAGUUUCCAACGACGGAUGGCGACCAAAGAGGCAGAACAUCAACAACGGUUGCGUGACCAGAGGUUAAAUCGUGUGCUUCUGAGUUUACGAUAUGAAAAAAAGGGUUGUGUAGCAAAAACUCUUCGUACACCUGAGAUCAAUUAUAUAUUCAUGUAGCACAGUAUUCGAGUAAAAAAGACAAACGACUUAA